CUCCAUCCGUGAUGACCGCAUUUCUUAAAGGCAGCGCGAGCACGCUUGAAUCAAGCCGCACGCUCACUCCCGUUUGAGUUAUUCGGUAAGAGCAGGACGUGCCGAGGCGAGGUGGGGAGAGAAUCCAUCUUUUACAGUAAUAGGAAACAGCGUAGAGCGCGCUGACAGACACUACGAGGAUGCAAAGUCGCACAGAGCGGUAACAAGAAGCGAACGCGAGAUAUCUGCAUCCACAUAUACAGUUGUUGGAUCGGUGAUGAGUGUGGACCAGGACAGAUCUGAAUCAAUGCUCCGCAACAGAAACGGCGCGAUGAGCGUCAUGAGCAGCUCUACUGGUCAGUCUCCGUGCGUCGUGCAGCCUCCCGGUAGCAGAAGCCGCGGAGACGCGCGCCACCCGCCGCACGCGCCCCAUCAGAGCGGUUCGGUGAAACCACAAAACGAGCCUGCUGAACUGGUGAAACGAGCGCUGGACUUCAAGACGCAGGGCACACAGUGCUACAAGGAUAAAAAAUACCGCGAGGCCAUCGGGAAGUACCACCGCGCGCUGCUGGAAAUGAAGGGUCUCUGUCGCGUGCUAGGAGAUCCGGACACCAUCAAGUCCCCUUCAACCGUCCUGAAGAGCAUCAGUAAAUCCAGCCUGACGGACGAGCAGAAAGGCGCGGUGGAGAACGCGGAGCUGGAGUGUUACAACAGCCUGGCAGCUUGUCUGUUGCAGAUGGAGCUGGUAAAUUAUGAACGAGUAAAAGAAUAUUGUCUGAAGGUUCUGAGGAAAGAGGGUGAGAAUUUUAAAGCUCUGUAUCGCUCUGGUGUGGCAUAUUAUCACCUGGGAGACUUCAACAAAGCCUUGCACUACCUGAAGGAGUCACACAAACAACAGCCCUCAGACACUAAUGUCAUCCGCUACAUUCAGCUCACGGAAAUGAAGAUUCGCCGAAAUGCCCAGAGAGAGAAAUCUGAAGUUCUGUAAACAACUCCUGCAUUAUUAGCUUUCCACUACAGACACCCCACACUCCCCCAUCACACUCUCUGUGGAUAUGGUUUGGUAUUUCAUGGAAGACUUGAUUACAGUGAGGGUCUGUCUCAGCUGACUUCCUGUCAGAAACAGUAUCUGAAUUAGACUGAAGAGCUGAAUACGGUGUGCUGUGCCCUUCUGUAGAAUGUGGAGACUGGGUGUGGAGACCACAAAUGCCAUUUAUUAAACUUUCUAAAGGAUUAAUUAGUAGCAUACAAAGGUUUGGUUUUUAUUGUUUGAUUUUAUUCUUUCUUUCUAACAUACAGAUAAAACUGAUUUUGUUCUCACAGGAUGAUUGAAGUCUUAAGUUGUGCUCCACAGAACACUCUUUGUAGAUUCCUUUUGUGGAGGAUCCACAGUUUCCAUUUAUAAAUGCAGCUUUUUUCAUAUUGUUUUUUGGAUCGUGAUGAUUCUGCUGUCAUGAUUCAGAAAUUCUGAAAUUUUUAUGUGAACACAUGAAGCUCAGACAUUUGAAGUGCAAUUAAGUGUCACUAUGAUGCCAACACUUAUCAUAUACAACCUACUCUUCACGUCAAGGAAUAGUUCACCCAAAAAUGAAAAUUCUUUCAUCAUUUACUUGCUCUCAUGCCAUCCCAGAUGUGUAUGACUUUAUAUUUUCUUCUAAACCCAAAGAUUUUUAGAAGAAUAUCUCAGCUCUGUUGGUCCUUAAAAUGCAAGUGAAUAGAGACCAAAACUUUGAUGCUCCAAAAGCACAUAAAGGCAGCAUAAAAGUACUCCAUAGGACUCCAGUGGUUUAAUCCAUGUCUUCAGAAAUUAUAUAUAUAGUAUGGGUGAGAAACAGGUCAAUAUUUAAGUCCUUUUUUACAAUCAAUCACCACUUGCACUUUCACAUUCUUCUUCUUCUUUUUUUUUCUUGGGCAAGGAAGAGAAUUUAUAGUAAAAAAGGUAUUUUAUACUUAAAUACUGAUCUGUCUAUAACUCACACCUAUCAAAUUUCUUCUGAAAACAUGGAUUAUACCACUGGAGCCAAAUGGAUUACUUUCAUGCUGUCUUUAUGUGUUUUAUGGAACUUAACAUUUUUGGUCACCAUUCAUUUGCAUUGUAUGGACCAGCAGAGCUGAGAUAUUCUUCUAAAAAUCUUUGUUUGUGUUCUGGAAAAGAAAGAAAGUCAUACACAUCUGGGAUGGCAUGAGGGUAAGUAAAUGAUGAGAGAAUUUUCAUUUAACACCACAUUCAAAUAGCAGUGGGAAAGAUCUGUCAUGCACAGAGUGGGUUUAGAUGUACAAACACACACAUACACACACAUACAGUGGACUUAAAAAGUGUAAGCAUGUAAAUCAAGCACAGUCUCACAUGCACACAGAAGCAUGUAGGAGUCAAAUAAACUGUGAUCAUUGUUAUAUUUAGGAGUGUGUGUUUUUGUUUGUGAUGUGAUAUAUCAGUGAUUCUGUUUCAGUGUUGGGUGUAGCGUGAUUGGAAAGUAAUUAGUUACAGAACUCAUAUGACUUUUUUUAAUAAAAAAAACCCUGAUAAUUAAGUUAAUUAAAUUAAAUAUUAUUUACUUGUAUAUAAAAUACAUUUAAAGAAUUAUGCUAAUAUGUACUUCUGUAUGUGUUUCUGUGUUAGAAAUAAGUGUAUAACUUGCGGUAAAAAAUGACAGGGGAAAUAAAGACAUUACUUUCAAUUAGCUGAGUAGAAAAUUAAAAAUCUUGUUUGUGAAGAUGCUGGCUACCACCCCUGGAGUUUACUUGUUUGAAGAUCAGGGCAUGCUGAGUGAUUCCAGCCAGGUCUCCUAAGAAACCAAAUUGUCCCGGUUGCUAGGGAGGGUAGAAUCACAUGGGGUAACCUAUAUGAUAUAUAUAUAUAUAUAACCACUGUAAUGUGGUUCACUCUCGGUGGGGCAUGUAGUGAGUUGUGCCACGUCUCCGUGGUAAUGCGAUCAACAAGCAACGUGAAAAGAUGCAUGGAUUGACGGUCUCAGAUGCGGAGGCAACUGAGAUUCGUCCUCUGCAACCCGGAUUGAGGCGAGUCACUACACCAUUAUGAGGACUUGGAGUACAUUGGGAAUUGGCCAUUUCAAAUUGGGAGGGGAAAUUUUUUUUUCAUAGAAAGUAACUAAAAAGUUAAUUAAUUAGUGAUGUGAUUACUUCUUACAGUCUUGUUUCAAUUUGAGAGAAUUAAUAAUUUGGAGUGGAUUACUUUCUUUGAGUAACUUUAACACUGGUCUUCUUUAUAUUGAAGAGUGAAGGCGUUGCAAGUAGGUGAUUGAAUUUUAAUAUUUCUCUACUCAACUGCUUAUUAUGGGUUUUACUUGCAGCUAAACAGCAGGUACACAAAGUCCAAUUCAGUGGUUCACUGGUUGCUAUGGUGAGAUUCGAUGGAAAUCAUCCUUGGAGACAGAUGGGUUGGUGUCCUAGACAUGCUGGAUUUAGAACAGCUAGAUACAAUUCUGUGUAACAGACAAGAAUGAAAGCUUAAACUGUUGAAUACAUCUGAAUGUCAUUUCAAAUACUGCUGCUCUUGAUGAGGAAGCAUUUACUAAUUUGCAGCAAUGUGGAGCACUGAGGUUAUUUUGUUACAGAGCAUAAUCUCACACUGAAUCAUUUAAAUUGAAUGUUUAUGUUAAGUGACACAGGAAAAAAACAAAAAAACAUAUCUGGCGAAAUGCCAGCCUCCUGUCAUUCACUUUGUUGUGAUGUCAUCAUUGCAAAACAUUAAUAAUACUUGUACAUGAUUUCCAGUAUUAAAGACAUC